UACGUUGCAAUGGGGUCUGGUGACUUGGCCGCUCUGGGGAUUCUGGAGGAUAGAUUCAAACCUAAUAUGGAGUUGGAGGACGCUAAGAAGUUGGUCCGGGAUGCCAUCCACUCUGGCAUCAUGAGUGACCUGGGCUCAGGCAACAACAUAGAUAUCUGUGUCAUCACUAAACAGGGGGUGGACUACAUCAGGCCAUAUCAGGAGUCAGAGUACAAAGACAAGAGGCAGAGAAGAUACAAGUAUCGCCCAGGGACAACGUCUAUUUUGACAGAGAAAAUAGUCCCUCUGGAGCUGGAGGUAGUGCAGGAGACAGUCCAGCGGAUGGAUACCGCCUGAACCUGACCACUCAGAAACAACAAAGAUACGGUCACACAGAGAGGCUUUUCACAAUAUUCAGACAUAAAAUCAGUGAAUACAAUACACCUAAUAAUGACUAGAUGUGACUACUAGGUGACACUACAAUGCAAAGCCAUAAAAAACAUUGUCACAUAAAGAUCUUAGUUCAAUGAACUGAAGUCACCAAUACAUGUUGAACAGGUAUAGUAGGUCUAGGCUAUAGCUGUGUCUAUAGGCACUGGGUGAAAUAUUGGAAAAUGAUUGAUUGAAUAAAAGGUCUACAUUAUUUUUCAUGAA